CUCUGCCUCUGCCUCUGCCCCGCUCCAUCAUAAAAGGACCACACCACUACCCACGAAGCCAACGCUCCAUCGCAAGCCAUUUCCUUUGAGCGCAGAGACUCAUCAGAGAGUAGUCUUCGAGAGCACGAGAGGCGCAGAGAGGAGAGGAGAAGCUGCCAUGGCUUCCAUGACUCAGCCCAUGCCGUAUUACCCCACCACCAACCCCAUCAUGCACGCGCAGCCGGCCACCACGUCCAGGGGCUCCUUCGCGCCGGUCUUCACCGUGCUGGGCGUCAUCUCCUUCCUCGCUGUCGUCGCCUGCGUCGCGGGGCGGCUGUGCGGCCGCCGGCUCUCCAAGAAGAAGGCCUACGCCGACCAGCACUACUACGGCACUAACGCGGUGGGCGGCGACCUGGAGAAGGGCUUCGAGGUCAAGUACCCGCCGAUGAAGCCCAUGCCGAGCUCGCGCGCCGUGGUCCACGACAUGGACGACGGCUUCGAGAUCAAGUUCGCGCCGGGGAAGCCCGCCGCGUGGAAGACCGACGCCAAGGCCGACAACAGAGGGCGCCCGCAGCAGCAGCACCACCACCACCAGCAUCCCCAGGCCGGCAUGCCGAAGGAGUACGCCGGUUUCAGGUACCCCGCGGCUGCCAACGGCGCGGUCAGGCAAGGGCAAGUAAGGGGCGGAACGUUCGUCUCCGCAAAGCCCGGUUCAUGAUCAUCACAGUAGCUUUUAGGUUCAUCACAGCUUGAUGCAUCUAUCAUAUGAUAAAGAGUGUCUGCUAGGCAUUUACUACUAGGCAUCCAUGAUCCAUCGGCGAUCAUAGCGUGUUCGUUCUUCACUCUAGUUUUGGGGCGCGCUCUGCAAAGUUUGUACCAGUUCCCAGUCACUUCCAGAUUGUAUUUUGUACAUUAAUUCAUCGAGCAGUGAAGAACAUCCCAUUCUCAAAGUAA